AUGCCUAAUUUCGAGAGAUUGCUGCUAGCGUCGCUACUCUGGGUCAGCGUUGCAGAGCUGGCCGCGCCGCUGGCUCUGGGAGCUGAUUUGGCGCCGCGUCCUGCCGCAGGCGGCGGAAACUGUUCCACGGCAUGCGGCGGCGUCGAGAUCCCGUAUCUGUUCGGCGUCGAGCCCGGCUGCGCAUUGCCCGGCUUCGAGCUCAGCUGCCGUGACACCGCCGACGGCAAGAGGGCGCCGUUCCUGCCACCGUCGCCGGAGAGAAACAACACAUAUUUGGAGCUGCAGAGUGUCUCUCUGCUUGAAGGCAAGGCGAGGGUGUGGAAUAACAUCAGCUUUUACUGCUACGACGGCGCUUCAAGACGGAUGACGAACGAGUCAUGGGAACGCGUCGUGCUCCCUGAGGCGUACAGGCUCUCCGAGACCGAGAACAUGCUCACCAUCGUCGGCUGCCGCACGGUGGCGUACAUCGGAGUCGGGGAUGCCGCCGUCGUGCGCUACAUCAGCGGCUGCACGGCCUUGUGCGGACCGGACGGUAACCUGACGACGACGAGCCAGCUGGCCGACGGCGCCUGCUCCGGUGCAGGCUGCUGCCAGGCAGCCAUCACCAAGGGCCAUUCCUCCUACGCUGUUCUGUUCGACCCGACGUAUAACACGACGCGGAUCCACAACGUCAGCCGCUGCGGCUACGCCGUGCUGAUGGAGUCGGCGAGGUUCACCUUCCGGAGGAGCUACGCGAUUUCACCGGAGUUCUUCGACAGCACCGGCGGGAAGGCGCCGAUGGUGAUCGAGUGGGCUGUCCGGAACGCGAGCAGCUGCGCGGAAGCGAAGAAGGAUCCUGGGUCGUCCGCGUGCGUCAGCAGCAACAGCGUGUGCGUCAACUCGUCCAGCGGGUCAGGCUACAUCUGCAACUGCACCAAAGGAUAUCGAGGAAACCCUUACCUACUAAACGGAUGCCAAGAUAUUGAUGAAUGUGGAGACCGUGAUAAAUACCCUUGCUAUGGCAACUGCAAAAAUAUACCAGGAAGUUUCCUGUGUUCAUGUCCUGCGGGUACCCGAGGAAAUGCGUCUAUUGAAGGAGCAUGCCAAAAGAACUGGUUAACACCCGGAGUACGAGCGGCAAUUGGGGUUGCUACCUGUGUAUUGGUUGGUCUAUUCGGUUUCCUAGGAUGGGAGCUGGCCCGGUACAAAAGGAGCAUAAAAAGACAAGCUCUGCAAAGACAGACCGAUGAAUUCUUUCAACAGCACGGGGGUCAGCUGCUGCUAGAGAUGAUGAAGGUAGAGGGCAACGCCGGGUUCACCCUCUACGAGAGAGGGCAGAUCGAGGCUGCGACGAACAACUUCGACAAGGCACACAUCGUCGGGGAAGGAGGGCAAGGGACCGUCUAUAGGGCGGAGAUAGAUGGCGCCAUUGUUGCGGUAAAGAGGUGCAAGGAGAUCGACGAGAGCAGGAAGAUGGACUUCGUUCAAGAGCUGGUCAUUCUGUGCCGUGUAAGCCAUCCCAACAUCGUCAGGCUGCUCGGCUGCUGCCUGCAGUUCGAGGCCCCCAUGCUCGUCUACGAGUUCGUGCAGAACAGGACGCUGCACGAGCUGCUGGGCUUCCAGAGGAGGAGCAGGAGGUGCCAUGUCACGCUGGGGACCCGCCUGAGGAUCGCCGCCGAGUCCGCCGCUGCGCUCGCGCAUCUUCACUCGCUGCCGCACCCGAUACUCCACGGUGACGUGAAGCCGGCCAACAUCUUGCUCACCGAAGAGCUGGUCGCCAAGGUGUCAGACUUUGGCUGCUCGACGAUCGACGAGAGAACCCAGGACGUGCCCAAAGGAACGCCGGGAUAUCUCGAUCCGGACUACCUGCUCGAGUACCAGCUGACAGCUAAGAACGAUGUGUAUAGCUUCGGGGUCAUCCUUCUCGAGCUUCUGACCGGCGAGAGGCCACUGUCGCGAGAGAGGAAGACGCUGACCUCCAUGUUCAACGAGGCCAUGGAGAACGACGCUCUCCUGGAGAUCCUUGACCCUGAGAUAGUCGACGAAGACAGAAUGGGUGUGAUCCGUCGCGCCGCGGUGCUGGCGAGCCGAUGCCUGGUGUUCCCGGGCACGAUGAGGCCGACGAUGAGGGAUGUGGCAGAGGAGCUUCAGCAGCUCGCGCGACCAGACGAAGUGCAGAGAACGCCACAGCCGCCGCUGGUGCUUGCGGGUCUUAGGAUUAUGGAUACGGGGAGGACAUGCGCGGUUCCCUCGUGGCACACCGAGAGCAAGACAAGCGGGGUUUAUAGCAUCCAAAAGGAAAUCACGUUUAGUACAGAACUUGCUAGGUGAUGAUCAACAUAUGUAAUCCAUGUGCUUGUGUUCCAGACGAAGUUUAUGUUAUAUACAUCCAGAGCUCAUGUGUAUUUAGUU